AUGUCUCACGAUAUCAGGGCAUCGGAGCUCAAGCAGCCCAUUGAUGUGGCUGAAUACCUCUUUCGCCGACUGCACGAGCUUGGUGUCCGUUCUGUUCAUGGCGUGCCAGGUGACUAUAACCUUGUUGCUCUGGAUUACAUUCCGAAGUGCGGACUCCACUGGGUGGGCAACUGCAAUGAACUCAAUGCGGGGUAUGCGGCAGAUGGCUAUGCACGAGUCAAGGGAAUCGCUGCCGUCGUUACGACCUUUGGCGUCGGAGAGUUGUCUGUAUUGAAUGCGACAGCGGGAGCAUACAGCGAGUACGCCUCGGUCGUCCACAUUGUCGGUCAACCAAGCACAAUCAGCCAGAAGAGCGGCAUGCUCCUUCACCAUACUCUUGGCAACGGAGACUUCAACGUCUUUGCCAACAUGAAUGCUGGCAUCUCCUGUGCGGUGGCCAAGCUAAAUGAUCCCUACGAGGCCGCUACCCUCAUCGACCACGCAUUGCGGGAAUGCUGGGUUCAAAGCAGACCUGUCUACAUCACCUUGCCAACAGAUAUAGUGCAAAAGAAGGUCGAAGGAGAAAGGCUGAAGACACCAAUCGAUCUCAGCGAGCCAUCUGUUGAGGUUGAGAAAGAGGACUAUGUUGUUGACGUUGUGCUCAAAUACCUAUCCACUGCCCAGAAUCCAGUCAUUCUGGUCGAUGCUUGUGCCGUCCGUCAUCGAGUGCUUGACGAAACUCACGAUCUAAUUCAGAAGUCUAAUCUGCCUGUUUUCGUCACACCUAUGGGCAAGAGUGCGGUGGAUGAGACACUUCCAAACUAUGGCGGAGUCUAUGCUGGAGAUGGCUCGAAUGCUGGAGUCAAAGAGCGGGUUGAGUCAGCAGAUCUCAUACUAAGCAUUGGUGCAAUCAAAUCAGAUUUCAACACCACCGGCUUCACCUAUAGAGUUGGUCAGCUCAAAACUAUCGACUUCCAUAGCACAAUGAUGCGAGUUCGCUACAGUGAGUAUCCGGGGGUCGGCAUGAAAGGGGUGCUAAGAAAGGUGACGGAGAGAUUACCAAAGCUCAAUGUAGAAGCAGCGCCCCCAGUCUCACAGAACAAGAUUCCAAACGGAGAGCUGGACGUUUCAAAAGAUUCUCCAAUUUCACACGCUUGGUUCUGGCCACGGAUGGGGCAAUGGCUGAAGGAAGAUGACAUCGUCGUCACCGAGACAGGGACAGCCAACUUCGGUAUCUGGGAGACUAGAUUUCCGAAGGGUGUACUCGCGUUGAGUCAGGUUCUCUGGGGUAGCAUUGGCUGGUCCGUAGGAGCUUGUCAGGGUGCAGCGCUUGCCGCAAAAGAGGCUGGUAGCCGGAGGACUCUACUAUUUGUUGGCGACGGGAGCAUACAAUUGACUGCUCAGGAAAUCAGUACUAUGAUCCGACAUGACCUUACGCCAAUCAUCUUUUGUAUAUGCAACGAAGGAUACACCAUUGAGCGCUAUAUCCAUGGCAUGGAUGCGGUGUACAACGAUGUUCAGGAAUGGAAGUAUAAAGAUCUCGUUCCAACCUUCGGGGCAAAACCAGACAAGUACAAAGUUCACCAAGUGAAGACGAGGGAGGAAUUGGAGGCAUUCUUCCAGGCCGAGGAUUCUCAUCAGGUAUCACAGCUUCAGUUUGUGGAAUUGUACAUGCCAAAGGAGGAUGCCCCAGCUGCGCUGAAAAUUACUGCAGAGGCGUCUGCGAGGACGAAUGCGAAGACUCAAUAA